UUUUUGUUUUUCUUUCAAUUUAUCAACAUUCAUUAUUAGAUACAAUCGUAUUACAGAUGAAGGUGCUGGAUUUAUUGCUGAUUAUUUAACAAAUGAUCAAUAUGUAUUGGUUCUUAAUUUACAAGGUAAUGAUAUACAUCGAAAAGGUGCUCAAAAUUUAUCGAAUGCUCUAAAAGUCAACACAACAUUAAUAUCAUUAUCACUUGCUGAUAAUAGUAUUGGCAAAGGUGGUGGUAUGGCAUUUGCUGAAACACUUCAAAUAAAUAUUACUCUUGAACAUCUUAAUUUAGCAAAUUGUGAUUUAGAAAUGGAUAGUCUAAUAGCAUUAUUAACUAUUUUACGUUAUAAUCCAAGUUUAAAAUCGAUUGAUUUAAGUCGUCCAAUACCACAAUAUCAACAUUCAAAUUGGAUGGAUGAUAUUGCUAUUCAUAUUGCACAUAUGCUUGAAAAAAAUAAUGUUUUACAAGAAUUACAUGUUCAAAAAUUCGAAAUUCGUGAUCCAGGUUUUAUGUGGAUUUGUGAAAAAAUGCAACAUAAUCAAACAUUACUUUUUCUUGAUCUUAGUUGCAAUCGAAUUACACGUGAUAGUGCUGUUUAUUUAGCAUCAAUGCUUGAAAAAUGCGGUCUUCUGAGACUUAAUUUAGCAUUUAAUAGAUUAGAAAAUGAAGGUGCUGGUCAUUUAGCAACAGCAUUACUUCAAUCAAAUUCAAAACUUCGAAGGUAA